AUGGCGACCCCGGGCAUGAGCUGGCAGCAGCACCACCACGGCAAAUUCACGCCCUCAUCGGCCGCCGCGCACCUGGCGGGGCACACCAUGGACUACAGCCAGGACAUGCACCUGAAGAUGAGCAAGAAGAUCGCUCAGCUCACCAAGGUGAUAUACGCUUUGAAUACUAAAAAUGAUGAGCAUGAAUCUGCAAUGCAAGCCCUCAAAGAUGCACAUGAAGAAGAAAUCCAACAAAUUCUUGCAGAGACAAGGGAAAAAAUAUUGCAGUAUAAAAGCAAAGUAACAGAGGAAUUAGACCUGAAGAGGAAGAUUCAGGUUUUAGAGGCCUCCUUAGAGGAUCACAUCAAAAUGAAGCAGCAGGCUCUGACAGAAUUUGAAGCAUAUAAGCACAGAGUGGAAGACAUGCAACUUUGUGCUGAAGCCCAGCACGUCCAGCGCAUAGUCACCAUGUCCCGAGAGGUCGAAGAGAUUAGAAGAAAGUUUGAAGAAAGAUUACGGAGCUUUGGACAGCUUCAAGUGCAGUUUGAAAAAGACAAACGCCUGGCCUUGGAAGGUUUGCGAACAGCUCACAGACGGGAGAUCCAGGAGCUGCUGAAGUCCCAGCAGGAUCACGGUGUCUUGGUGAACAAAGGGCAGGAGGAGGCUGAGGAGCUACACAGGGUGGAGGUGGAGGCCUUAAACAGAACACUAGAGGAGCUGCGGCUGGAGAAGAAAAAGCUGAUUGAAGAUUAUGAAGGCAAGCUUAGUAAAGCUCAGUGCUUUUAUGAACGGGAGCUCGAUACACUGAAAAGGUCACAGCUCUUUACAGCAGAAAGCCUGCAGGCUAGCAAAGAAAAGGAAGCUGAGCUUAGAAAGGAAUUUCAAGGACAGGAAGCCGUGUUACGAAAAACCAUAGGAAAACUAAAGACAGAGUUGCAAAUGGUACAGGAUGAAGCUGGGAGUCUUCUGGACAAAUGCCAGAAGCUUCAGGUGGCUCUCGCUGCAGCCGAGAACAAUGUCCAGGUCCUUCAAAAACAGCUUGAUGAUGCCAAGGAGGGAGAAAUGGCCUUAUUAAGCAAGCACAAGGAAGUGGAAAGUGAGCUUGCAGCUGCCAGAGAACGUUUGCAACAGCAAGCUUCAGAUCUUGUCCUCAAAGCUAGUCACAUUGGAAUGCUUCAAGCAACUCAGAUGACCCAGGAGGUUACGAUCAAAGAUUUAGAAUCAGAAAAAUCAAGAGCCAACGAGAGAUUGUCUCAGCUUGAAGAGGAAAGAGCUUUUCUGCAAAGCAAAACUCGAAGUCUGGAUGAAGAACAAAAGCAGCAGAUUCUGGAACUGGAGCAGAAAGUAAAUGAUGCGAAAAGAACCCAGAAAGAAUUUUAUGAAAUGGAACUUAAAAACCUGCAAAACAGAUUGGAAGGGGAGGUGACUCAAUUAAACGAGGCCCAUUCUAAGACUUUGGAAGAAUUAGCUUUGAAGCACCAUAUGGCAAUUGAGGCUGUCCACAGUAAUGCAAUCAGGGACAAGAAAAAGCUGCAAAUGGAGUUGGAAGAACAAUAUAAAAAGGAGAAGCUACACCUAGAAGAGGAUAGGAAGCAGCUCCAACUUGAGCUCGAAAACCUGAAGGAAGUUCUGGAAGGCAAGCUGAGCACAGCCAACCAGGAGAUUGGCCGUCUCCAAGAUCUGGUAAGCAAAAGUGAGCAAGGUCUUGGCUCUGCUGAAGGACUGAUCGUCAGUCUCCAGGACUCCCAGGAAAGACUUCAGAAUGAGUUGGCCUUGACCAAAGGCAGGCUAAAGGAGACCAAAGAUGCUCUGUUAAAUGUGGAGGCUGAGCUAGAACAAGAGAGGCAACAGCAUGAAGAAACACUUGCUGCCAUGAAGGAGGAAGAGAAAUUCAGAGUGGACAAAAUGGCCCACGACCUAGAAGUCAAGUGGACUGAAAAUCUAAGACAUGAGUGUUCUAAACUUCGUGAAGAGUUAAGGCUUCAACAUGAAGAGGAUAAAAAAUCAGCAAUGUCUCAACUUUUACAGUUAAAAGAGCGAGAAAAAAAUGCAGCCAGGGAUUCAUGGCAGAAGAAAGUAGAAGACCUCUUAAACCAGAUUUCCUUGCUGAAACAGAAUCUGGAAAUACAGCUUUCCCAGUCCCAGACUUCUUUGCAGCAACUGCAGGCCCAGUUUACACAGGAGCGACAACGGCUUACACAAGAGCUUGAAGAAUUGGAGGAACAACAUCAGCAAAGACAUAAAUCCUUAAAAGAAGCACAUGUCCUUGCGUUUCAAACCAUGGAGGAAGAAAAGGAAAAGGAACAAAGGGCUCUUGAAAACCACCUGCAACAGAAGCACUCUGCAGAGCUUCAGUCACUGAAAGAUGCACACAGAGAGUCCAUGGAGGGCUUCCGGAUAGAAAUGGAACAGGAGCUGCAGACUCUGCGGUUCGAAUUAGAGGACGAAGGAAAGGCUAUGCUUGCUUCCUUACGCUCAGAACUAAACCACCAACACGCAGCUGCAAUUGACUUGUUACGGCAGAGUCAUCACCAGGAACUGGCAGCUGCUAAGAUGGAGCUGGAGAGAAGCAUAGACGUCAGCAGACGACAGAGUAAGGAGCACAUAUGUAGAAUAACAGAUCUACAGGAGGAGUUAAGGCACAGAGAACAUCAUAUCUCUGACUUGGAUACGGAAGUACAGCACCUUCAUGAGAACAUAAGUGCCCUAACCAAAGAACUGGAAUUUAAGGGGAAAGAAAUUCUCAGAAUACGAAGUGAAUCCAACCAGCAAAUGAGGUUGCAUGAACAAGAUUUAAACAAGAGACUUGAAAAAGAGUUGGAUGUCAUGACAGCAGACCACCUCAGAGAGAAAAAUAUCAUGCGGGCAGAUUUUAAUAAGACUAACGAGCUACUCAAGGAAAUAAAUGCAGCUUUGCAAGUGUCGUUAGAAGAAAUGGAAGAAAAAUACUUAUUGAGGGAAUCAAAGCCAGAAGAUAUACAGAUGAUCACAGAUUUAAAAGCCAUGCUUACAGAAAGAGACCAUGUCAUAAAGAAACUAAUUGAGGAUAAUAAAUUUUAUCAGCUGGAAUUAGUCAAUCGAGAAACUAACUUCAACAAAGUGUUUAACUCAAGCCCUACUGUUGGUGUUAUUAAUCCAUUGAUGAAGCAAAAGAAGAAGAAUGAUAAAUCACCAACAAACAGGUUUGUGAGUGUUCCCAAUCUCAGUGCUCUGGAAUCCAGUGGAGUGGGCAAUGGACAUCCUACCCGCCUGGAUCCCAUUCCUAAUUCUCCAGUCCACGACAUUGAGUUCAACAGCAGCAAACCACUUCCACAGCCAGUGCCACCCAAAGAGCCCAAGGCAUUUUUGAGUCCUCCUCAGAGUGAAGCCUCCCCGGUGUCUUCUCCAGAUCCCCAGCGCCAGGAGUGGUUUGCCCGGUACUUCACGUUCUGAGAAAACUGUCAGCACAGCUCCCGGUGGACUGUGACUGAGAGCAUGACUUUAUACAAACCAUGAUGUGAACAGGCUUCCCCAGGUCAAACACUGUGAAUGAGAAUCUGUCUGUCUCUCCAAGUUCACCAUGCGUUCACUGUAUUUCCUCUGAUGUUCAUUGGAGUCAUUCCCUAAGGUACUGUAUUAUGUGUGUAAUUAUAACAUUUAUUUUUAUUUGAGAUGGAAGUCUUUAACCUUUGUAAUUACUGCAUAAUAAAUUUUGUUAGAA